AUGGCUCCUUCAGUUACCCUCGACCACACCUUGCCUCCAGUCGUCCCUGAAUCAAACCAAACACCAGCCGCAUUCGCCCCUACCAAUGAACUCUUCUCUCUCGCAGGUCGCACAAUCGCAAUCACCGGCGGCGGCCGUGGUCUAGGAAUGACCCUGACAAUCGCCGUUCUCGAAGCCGGUGGCGACGUCGCAUGCAUGGAUCUCCUGCCUGAACCCAGCGCAGAGGAGUGGAUCACCGUUCAGAGACUGGCUAAGUCAAAGGGCCUGCAAGCAACCUACAACAAGUGUGAUAUCACCGACGAGGAAGCUACCGAGAAACUUCUAGAGAAAAUCGCCAAGGACAGCAAGGCCCGCAACAUGCCCCUUCGUGGACUUAUUACCUGUGCCGGAAUCCAGCAAAUGGUCCCGGCCCUUGACUACCCUGUUGAUGGGUAUCGUAAGAUGCUGGAUGUCAAUGUUCUUGGAACGUUUAUUCCUGCUAAGCACUUCUCGCGGAUCAUAGUUGACCAGAAGACCCCUGGAAGUAUUGUGAUGAUUGCCUCGAUGUCUGGCCAGAUUGCCAACCGGGGCUUGACUUGCACUGCUUAUAACUCAUCUAAGGCUGCUGUUCAUCAGAUGUGCCGAUCCGUUGCCCAAGAAUGGGGCCAGCACAACAUUCGUGUUAACACACUUUCAGCUGGGUACAUUCGCACUGCCAUGACAGAUGCUUUGCUUCGGGAGAAGCCUGAAGUUGAGGAGACUUGGAUGCGUGGUGCUCUUCUUGGUCGCCUGGGUGCCCCAGAGGACUUUAAGGGCCCUACCAUCUACAUGCUUACGGAAGCUAGUGCGUGGAUGACUGGUGCUGAUCUUCGUGUGGACGGCGGUCACUGUGCUUCGGCUUAG